AUGGAAUCAGAAAACCCCAAGCCGAUACCGGCAUAUUACUGCUGUUAUCUUCUCCGUUCAACCGUCCGACACGCUUCACUAUAUAUUGGCUCGACCCCAAACCCGAUCAGACGACUCCCUCAACACAAUGGCGUUGCCAAAGGUGGGGCUAAGCGCACCGCCAGAGACAAAUUACGCCCCUGGGAAAUGUCCCUUGUUGUCGAAGGUUUCAUGUCCCGAGUUGGUGCAUUACAAUUCGAAUGGGCAUGGCAACACCCCGAAAAAUCACGACACCUCGAAUCCGAAGACGAACUAGACAAGUCUAAACCUAAGGUCAAUAUCGGCGGAAAGACAGGGAAGCCUAAACCCAAGCCCCGCUCACGAACCAGGAGAUCCUUGACGGCUCAUUUGGAGGAUUUGCAUUCAUUGGUUCGGUCGACAUAUUUCUGUUCUUGGCCAUUGCAUGUCCGAUUCUUCCGUGCCGAUGUAUAUCGCGUAUGGCGAGCGUGGAAUGAUCGUGUAGAUGCUCGGCUGCCCCCAAAUAUCAAGAUUAUUCUGGAUGGUGAUAACCUUGCAACGGUGCCAGCUGCCAAGCAAACCAAUGAGCUUGAACCUGCCGGAUGCAUAAACAACCUAUCAGUCGACUACGCCAGGCUGGAAGAUUAUCUUGAGAAGUCGAUGUUUAUACUUGAAGAUCCAGAAGAUCUACAAUGCGCAGCGUGUAAGGGGUCGGUCUCUCCAAGCACAGAGCAGAUAGUAGUGUGUCCACAGGCAGAUUGUCGUGGAACGAGCCAUUUAUUAUGUCUAUCUACCAAUUUCUUAGACGCUGCCGGUGAGCCAGAUCUCCUGGUACCGACCCAAGGAACCUGCCCAUCAUGUGAAAAAGCCGUGCAGUGGCCAAUGAUGAUGCGCGAGCUGAGCUUCCGCAAUCGAGCAGAAAAAGAAGCGCGCGCAGUUCUACGAAAGAAGGAAAAGCGCCUCCGCAAAGAGGCUGCAGCCACCGAGCCAGGCUCGGUGCCUCGAUCGACGUCAAUCGAACCAAGAACACAACCAGAAGAAUCAGCCAAGGAUGAAUUGAGCUCCAAUUGGUUUGACGAUGUGGAUCUGGAAUCAGACUCCGAUCUCGAGGGCCGACAGAAGUACCGCUCGACUCGCCUUCCAUCGAACCUCGAGAUAGUUAUUGAGGAUAGCGACUGGGACGACGCAGAGCUCGUGGAAUGA